AUGCCUGCGGCCACCGGUAACGACGCUCAGGUCGGCGUGUUGGACUUCACGUCUGCCAUUGAAGUCAUGAAAAAGGAAUACCCCAGAGAUGGCUUGGAUGCCCGAACUCUGUUGGAUUCCGAGAAGCGUGGAGGAUUGACUUACAACGAUUUCCUCAUUCUUCCCGGUUACGUUGGAUUCCCCGCCUCGGAUGUGACUCUUGAUACCAAGAUCACCAAGCGUCAUUCACUCAAUUUGCCGCUGGUGUCUUCGCCCAUGGACACUGUCACAGAGGACCAAAUGGCCAUCUUCAUGGCACUUUUGGGUGGUGUCGGUUUCAUCCACCACAACUGCACCGCUGAAGACCAGGCCGAGAUGGUCAAGAAGGUCAAGAAGUAUGAGAACGGAUUCAUUCUGGAUCCUGUCGUCAUGAGCCCCAAGAACACCGUUGGCGAUGUUUGGGAUGUCAAGACAAAGCAGGGUUUUGCCGGAAUUCCUGUCACUGAGGACGGCCAUUUGCAAUCCAAGCUUAUUGGAAUGGUUACCAUGCGUGAUAUCCAAUUCCAUGCCGACUACUCAACUCCCUUGUCGGAGGUAAUGACCACCGAGCUGGUCACCGCCCCGGAAGGAAUCACUCUCCAGGAGGCCAAUGCCAUUCUGCGAGCCUCGAAGAAGGGCAAGCUUCCAAUUGUUGACAAGUCUGGCAACCUUACUGCCCUCCUGUCCCGCUCCGACCUCAUGAAGAACCUCCAUUUCCCUCUUGCCUCCAAGCGCCCCCACAGCAAGCAGCUUCUUUGCGGUGCUGCGAUUGGUACCAGAGAGGAUGACAAGGCUAGAUUGAAGUUGUUGGCCGAGGCUGGUUUGGAUAUCGUUAUCCUGGAUAGCUCCCAGGGUAACAGUAUCUACCAGAUUGAGAUGGUCAAGUGGAUCAAGAAGGAGUUCCCCGACAUUGAUGUUAUUGCCGGAAAUGUUGUUACCAGGGAGCAGGCUGCCAGUCUUAUUGCUGCCGGUGCUGAUGCUCUCCGUAUCGGUAUGGGUUCUGGUUCUGCCUGUAUCACCCAGGAAGUCAUGGCUGUCGGUCGUCCUCAGGCCGCUGCUGUCUUUAGCAUUUGCCAGUUUGCCAGCCGCUUCGGUGUUCCAUGUAUGGCCGAUGGAGGAAUCCAGAACGUCGGACACAUCGUCAAGGGUCUCGCCUUGGGCGCCAGCACUGUGAUGAUGGGUGGUCUCCUUGCGGGAACCACUGAGUCUCCCGGAAAGUACUUCUUGAGUGCAGAGGGCAAGCUCGUCAAGGCUUACAGGGGUAUGGGAUCUAUUGAUGCCAUGGAGAGCAUGAAGACUGGGGACAACGCUGCCACCGGAAGAUACUUCUCCGAGGGUGACAAGGUCCGCGUUGCUCAGGGUGUCAGUGGAUCUGUCUUGGACCGUGGCUCCGUCACCAAGUUUGUCCCCUACCUUCAGGCCGGUCUGCAGCACUCCUUCCAGGACAUUGGUGUCAGGAGUGUUACAGAGCUCCAGGCUGGUGUCACGGAGGGCACUGUUAGGUUUGAAGUCAGGACUGUUUCCGCCCAGGCCGAGGGUAACGUCCACGGUCUGCACGAAUUCAACAAGAAGCUUUACUCAUAG